AUGGGCAGCCUAGGCAUUCCGGUUGAUGUACGUGUAGAUGUUUUUGAGAGGAAAAAAGUUCACGAGGCUCAAGUAUCAGAGAAACUUAAGAAAAUUUGUUUCUCCGAUAUGAGGAGAAUUAAAGCUCUUGCCUCUACUGGAUACCGGAGCGAAGCGGAUGCUGCCCUUUGGCUUCUUUCUCACCUAGAUGAUCCUCUCUUGGAUGAACCCUUUUACAGGGAUUUCUACUUAUUCCUGUGUGUUCGUUCGGAUUUGGCCCAAAGCGUUCUUGAUUUCUGGGAUGAGAGUUCCGUGAGCGAAGGGUGGAAUUACGCCCACGAGUUUCCUCCACAUAUUACUCUUCUGUCCAAUCUAAGAAUUUCGGAAGACAAAGUCCUUCUGCUUCAUAAUGUAUAUGACAAAAUCAUACAAGAACAUUCUGAUCUCCUGAAAUUCGAUGAAAUUCCGCUUAAACUUGUGACUUCGGAUGAUUUUAUUGGGUACAUCGUCUCAAGCGAUAAAGUGAAUGCGAGUCUGGAGAAACUUUGUCGCGUGUUCUUGCAGGAGCUCUUGAACGCUGGUAUAAUAUUUGAGGAUAAUCCUAUGCGAAGGUGUAAAUCAAAUUACCACAUGUCUCUUGCCUACGGUUUUCAAGCAGCCAACCGAAACAGCCUUGGAGAGCUUCAGGACUCCUACAACAUGAAAUCUCGGCUAUUGAUUUCGUGGACUUUGGAUCUGUUUUCCGGUGAUUCGAGAUUAUCUACUCCUGACUCGGAGCUGUACGAGAUGCAAACUACGAUAGAGGUGGAUGACGCAUUGUUUUCGAAUCUUUCCCUGGAGGACAAUCCUCAAACAGAUAGCUCCCCUCCACAGCUCACUCCUUCAUCACCAGAGAUGGGCCAAAUUAUAGUUGGGGAUCACUUAUCAUCCUCCGCCUCUUCAGUAGGAGCGGGUCGAACUCCAGAUUCAGACAGCCUUCAGCCACCGGGUCACGCUUCGUACAAUGAGGUCCCUACUUUAGCUGAGUCUCCGCAUCUUCCCAACACUCUGGCACACUCAGCUGGUGACAAGGUUCUCUUUAUUGGGUCGUGCAACUUGAACGGUCGAUAUGGGGUCCCGGUGGGCAUAAAUCUCUCUUCUGGGCUGACAGGGGUAUUCAGUCUUGCCUCAGCCCGUAGGAUUCCUAAAUGGAGUGCCUGGGUCACGCAUAGGAGUGGAAUUUCCGUUGUUCAGUACGAACAGCGAAACUACAAUGAGGUAAGUUGUGUUAAAAAAAGGCAAUAUAAAUUCCUUGCCUGUCCGUUUCGGCUGCGUCUUGCCCGGGUUGGUGAGAUGAUGGCCAAGCGUGUGAACGCAUUCCCGAGCUGUCGUAGCUCGGGUCGUGAACAGAGCAUCGAAGAUUAUUACACUGACAGUCACAUAGGCAUUCGUGCUCAUCGUAGGUCUACAGCAGUCAUUGGAUGUCAGGAGGAUAGUCUUACAGCCGAACUCUGCAAUACCUUUGUAGCACCGUCUAGAAUUCCGGCGUCUUUCUCCGCGCCGACGGAUUUCUGCGAGCCCUUGGCAGUGCUGAACAAUGAAGCUCCUACCGCCUCCCUGGCUGUUGGCAUCAACGUUGGUAGUGGUAGUGGGUUUUGCUCCAAACUCCUCCCUCGUAGUUGCCGUCGCAAAUCUACUUCUUCCAGUUCCUCUUCUCCCUCUUCUCCCUCGGCCCUCCAGACUACCGCCACCGCUGGAUGGAAAUUUGGUGUCAAAACAUCCUCUCCAUCCGCCAUAGGAUCUCCCUCUUCCUCAAUUUUUGCUUAUCGGUUCUUUGGAGGCCUCUUGGGUUCCAAUUGCAGCAAUAGCAACCCGCAGCAGCAACCACAGAAGCCUCAACGCCACCUCUUUGUCAUGAGACACGCUGAACGGGUUGAUAUAUGCUUUGGGAGGGCCUGGACCACUCGUUGUAUCGAUAGGCGAGCAGCCCUUGAACGGGAGAGUUGA